AACUAACUUAAGUUUAUCCGACAUGGCAGAAUUUUUAUUUAUUUAUCAGAUGUUCAGCUGGACCUCACAACUACCCAACAACAUAAACGGUCCCAACCCCUGCUUUCCAGAUCCCUCCAGUUUGAUGUCGAGGUCCAGUCAAAAACCUAAAAGACCAAGCUAGCUUUUUUUGCAGUUUAAUCUUAUAAAAUGCAAGUUCGAUAUAAUCUUGCGAUGGAAUAACCUUUGCUAGGCUGGUACUUAGAAAUUCAAAUCCUUUUUUAGGUUGACCACAAAUUGAUAGUCUUCGAUGAUUUGUUACCUCAACUAUUAAUAACAAGCUUAUAUUAAUAGGGAUACAACAAAAAAGCUUUAAAUACAAAUGUAGCACACACGAAAACAAGUCAUCACGAAAAAGAUCUAAACAUCUACCAAAAACAAUCCAAAUAUAUAAGUAAAAUGAAAAAUCUCUCAAUAUUUCUAUUUGUGUGUAGCCUUUGCCUGCUUGGCCAUGUAUCCAGCGCUGGAAUCAGGAUCGGUAACGAACUCAAAAACAAAAAGCUCCUCUGGAUGAGGUGUUAUUCCAAAGAUGACGUUAUAGGUCCAAAAAUAAUACCAAUCGGAGGGCAUUCGUUCAAUUAUUUUGUGCUUCAGAUGAUGGCGGCGUAUGGGAUUGGAGAGCAAGAGAAGAUGGAAUCUAUCUAAAGAUAAGACCUGAGAGACAUGUUAAUAGAC